AUGUUGGAAAAGGUAUUAAAGUUUUAAGUAGUCACAAAAGGAGAGAAAAUACAUAACAUAAAGCCAUUGUUGCCAACAAUAAAAUUCAAUCUUUCUGAAAAACAAAAUAAUUACACAGAGAUGAUGGAUCAUCAACAAUCAAUGAAUCGAUACUCUGGAACUUAUCGUAGUAAUAGUUAGAAAAGAAAUUAGAUAAAGUCUAUCCGAAGAUCGAAGGGAGUGGGUUAUUCACAAUUGAUUGAUAAUUAUAAAAAUACUAGUAGAUAAUCUUAGGAGAAUCCCUUUUAAACAGAAUUGCUUAUAAAACAAUUUUAAAGUAUCAGAACCAAGGAGUAGCCUUCAGAAAGAUAAAACACAAUGAUGGAUUGUCCCCCACUCAAAUUUCACACAAUAGAGGCCACUCCUAAAAACAUAAGAUAUAAGUCACAACCAAAGAAACCAGAGCAUGUUGACACCGAGAUGAAAAUUACUCCAUAUGUACAUUAGAAUAAAAGAUAUUAAUGUGUUGAUUAUUACUACAUUGUUUGA